CAAUAGCUCAUACACCAUCCUAGGCGAUUGGCUUAACGCUUUCCCACCUCUCCUCGCCCUCCUCCCCAAACACCUGCCCAGCUUGACAGGGACGUCACUACGCCUGCGCACGAUUUAAAUGCCCUGCAGCAGGAGCCCGGCUGCCUGUGGCACUGUAUCUUGUCCCAUUCUGGAGCUUAGAAUCCCAUCACAUAGGUCUGGAUCGCGGAUAAAGAACAGGUUUUGCGGAAGAUUCCACGCAUGCUGCAACUUCUUCAACGUUCUAUGAGGAAUCUUAAGAGCAGGAGUUUAUCUAUUGAAACCACACUGGACCUUAAUGGUAAAGCACACGAGAAAAAUAAAGAUCAACCAACAAAGCAUUGUAACAGCAUCAACUUUCUCUAGCCAUGAGCUGUUUGGAUGUUAUGUAUCAAGUGUAUGGUCCUCCUCAGCCUUACUUUACAGCAGCUUAUAGUCCUUACCACCAGGUACGUUGGGUCAAGGAAGAAUGCCUCUGUGGACCUCAUUGCUCAGGGGCGCUAAUGGAAAAUCGUUAGGGCUAGGGGUGAUUAUUGAAACUAUGUAUUGGGUCUGCACUAUAACCACUGCUCCCAUGCAGGGUGAGUGUUUAAUAUGUUUAAUAAAUCACUUCACUGUGUUUGUCCUGAUUAAAUAGUUUUAUUGUUUACAAAUAAAUUAGUAUUUGCAAGAGGAAGAAAGAAAACAAAUGUAUAUUAUUUAAUCAUUUAUAUAUAUUUUUAUUAGAUUUAAUUAGACCAGUAAUUCAGCGUAAUAUUAUUAAAGCAAGGGAACGGGUCUGGACUUUUUAAAUAGUAUUUCCUAUACCAUGGGCUGGAUUUUAUUGGUGAAUCUCAUGGUUUUAGUUAAUGUGUGCAAUUUCUGAGCCCUGUGACUUCUAAUGUUGCUGUUCCCAGUUCAUUGAUAAGGUGCAAAGAAUAAUGUUUACACAGCAAUUAACAGUAGUGGCUGGGAUGUCUGGGAGAUGGUUUUGAUUGCAGUGCAAUAAACAUUUAAUAAACCGGGUUAGUUUUAUGAAUAGAUCAAUCGAUUUCGCAUUACAUACAUUUAUUUUAUAAGAUUUGUGUCUUUGUAAAAAUCACCCUUCCAGUUUAAACCCUGCUAACUACUUUGAAUUUUCUGUAUUGGAGAAAAUAUGCAGGUAAUUUAGGAUUGCUGUUGGUUUCAAUGUGAUUCGCACUGUGGCUGUUUUGGAAACAUAAAUGGUAGGAAUAUUUCUGUUAGAUGUGUGCAGGGCUGGACAGCAUUUUCCCAUAGUCUGCACCUGUUAUAGUCUGUUUUACGUGUUUCCAGAUUCGCUAACAUUUCACACACAAAUAGAAGCAGUCCCAUAGCUUUCCCGUUCACAGAAUCUGCUCCUGAUCUGCUCCUUGCUAAGAUUUCUGUGCAAAGGUAAUUCAUUUAUUAACUUGUAGUUAACAUACCAUGCUGUGCUGAAGGUGCCAGAGGGCAGUGAUGGGCACAGAUACCAAAGCUUUGUACAUUGUGAGUUUUGAUUUCGUUUUGUACAUUUAUUUAGAAGUUAAUUUUGAGUUUAUUUUAGCAAUUAAACAAGUUAUUGCUACUGUAAAAUAAGAUUUGUGUUAAUUUAUGAUAUUUACUUUUCAUAUAUGUCAAAACAUUUUUGAUUUGUGUAAACUAAAACAUAAAAGUUAUAGGAAUCAGGAUAAAGUCAAGCGAUUAGACAGACAGAAGGAUAUAGAUAAAUAGACAGACAGAUAGAUUUCCAAAUAAACAAACUAAUCUUUAUUUAGUCUAUAUCUGUCUGUCUAGAGUAUAUUUAGUGCACUAGAAUGACACUCCAUUGACCAAUUUCUCUAUGUAUAUAUAAUUUGAACAUUUUUUUUUGUUCUUCCAAAACAAAUUAAAGUAAAGGUUGGAUUUGGAAUCUUUGUUACUUAUGUUGCUAUGGCAAUAACUAAUCACAGAUCCGGUCUAACUGUCAUUGUCUGAGUGUCUGGUUUAGAAUCAGAAAGUUUUCCCACAAGUUUUUGUGAAUGGGAUUUUGAUUCCCAUGCAGGCUGUCCAUGUGGCCCUCACCGGAGCCGCUUGCACGGUAGCCGUAAGGUGAUGCAGGGUGAUGUGUGGCUAUUUCCUGUUGCUGUGAAGGGCCAGCCCGGGUUCCCGGCCUGGAAUGGCGGCAUUGUGUAAAGUACUGAGUGCCCCGGGGGCCCCGUGCAGUAACUAUCUGACUGUCCCUCUCGCUUUGUGUUGUCUAGAAAUUAGCCUUUUACUCGAAGAUGCAGGAAGCUCCCGAGAGUGUGAGCAGCAGCCUGAGCAGUGUGAGCAGCAGCAGCUCCUUCUCCAGCAACGCUCCCCCCAGCAUUAAGGAAGAAGACUGCAGCCCGGACAAGGAGAGACCCCCCGAGGCAGAGUACAUCAGCUCCAGGUGUGUCCUCUUCACCUACUUCCAGGGGGACAUCAGCUCGGUGGUGGACGAGCACUUCAGCAGGGCUCUCAGCCAGCCCAGCAGCUACUCCCCCUCCAGCACCAAGACUUCCCGGAGCUCCAGCUCGUGGCGGGGUGAGUGAAUGAGGCUGGGGGCCAGCGAGGGCCAUGGGGACACUGUGACAGCGGGACAAAGUUAGAAAGGGGAGCAACAACCUCGGAAAUCGAGAGAACAGCAGUCCACUGGUUUCCAUGGUGAUUGCGCUCAUUUUCGAACGUUGUCGCACAGUUAUAUCAUUUUGGGGGAUGUCUGUAUAGAGCUGCCUGUUGAGUAGCAAUUAAACAAUAUCAGUCUCCAGAAUUAAUAUUUUAGCUGCUCAUUGACCCAGUUCUGGAACUGCCCCUACAACUACGUGCUCUCAAAAUCUAAAGCGAAUUAAUGAAAUCAUUCACCAUUAUAUUUGUUACAUGAGCUAUUGGAAAAGUAUAUUGAAAUAUUUAGUAUUAGUCUAGUAUUUUAAUGCACAGCCCUAGGGAGCCGUACUUUGCUAUGUAGUGUACAAGAGUCGGGAUUGCAAAGUGAAUUUAAGUGAAUUACACAUUUUUGACCAGAAUAUUUUUUCUUCAGCACUUUUGGCAUUAAAUUUGAAAUUCGAAUUGCCUACAGUUCUCACUUUUUGUGUCUGUCACAUUCUAAUCAGGGGACAAAAAACCGUAUCAGAUAGAGUUCAGUUGAGACCUUUAUUUGGGACUAAGAGUUUAUGCAGGAAAUUAUAUUUUAGUACCACGAAAAUCAAUAAAAGAGAGAGUAUAUUUGGAAAAUUUGGAAAUAUCUUUAUAUCUUUAUAUAUUUAUUUAUAACUACUACUAUUUGUUUUAUUUUGUUCAUUGUUUUUCUUCACCUUUACUUGUCUCCAUAAUUUCUUUGCCCAUGCUGACAUUUUAAUUGCUCUGCAAAUUAAACCCUGCUCAUGUUCAGAUCACUUGCUUUAUAUUACUUCUAGCAGAGUCCAGACAGGGUUCCCUGUUUAGAAAAGGGCUUAUAUAAACCAUUAACAUCACUAAGUCAUGCUUCCUAAUGUCACACCACAGUAAUCUUAUAUAUUUUAUAUACAUUUUUGUUAUUACAUCAUACUUAAAUAUAAACUAAAUAUGUUUACAUAUUUGGCCAGUUACAAUUAAACUAUUCUCCUAUUGUUCUGUAACAGAGCAGAUCAUUACUAGCUAAUUGAUAAAAAUAGCUAAAGGGAGACCAUGACUGCCUUUAAAAUGAACUUUGAAUCCACUUUGAAGUCCAACUUGCAAAUAGAAAGAGCCAACUUUAAAAAAAGCAUAUAUAAUUUUGAAUUUAUUAAUUUUUUUGCAUUUAUUUUUAUUUUUGUCAACAUUCUGAAAGUUGGUUGCCAACUCGAUGCUCAGUGAAUAAACCAUCAGAGCAUAGAUACUAUCCAGUUCCAUAUUACCUUAAAUGGCACACUGAUAUAUAUAUGUUACAUUCUACUGCCUAUAUAAAAAAAUAUUUAAAUUUCAUUGUGUAAUCCCGAAAAAUGAACAUUAUUUGCUCAUUGUGGUAAAUAAUAAAAUAUGUUCUAUCUGCAUGGGACCACCAGUAAAAAUGAAACAAUGCAAACGGAUCUUGAUAGGUAAGAGCACAUUUUUUGUUAAAACAGAAAAUAGUUUGUUGCAGCAGCAAAAGUGGAGAUAAUGUAACUUGUGAAAUCAGUCACUUUGGGAGUUAUUCACUAAACAGUGACUUGCAGUGAAUGAAUAACUCAAUUGUAAAAUGUAGGCAAAAUGAGCAUAUUUAGAACAUUUCUCAAAUUCAGAGUUAGUUCUAUUAAUUAAGAUAAGGUUAUCUCUUUAAUUUGAAUAGCAUUUUCUCGUAUAAAUUAAUGGGCAAACUUCUAUUCAAUUACAAGACAUACGCUUAUCAAUCUAAUCCUAAAUUAGUCUUAUUCACAGCUUGGAUAUUUUACAUUGAUAUUUAAAAUUUCACUGAAGAGGGAAGCAAUACAUUACUUAUUUCUUUCAGGUACUUAAACAUUUGUGUGUUUUACGGCCACUUCAGUACAAUUCUAAACACACCUUAAACUACAGGAUUCAGUGAUGGGAUGGAUUCAUAGUCUGUUAAAAUGUAUAUUGUCCAUUUUAUCCAUUGAGUAGAAUUUUUUUUUUCAUAUGAGUAAAUUUCAAAAAUAUCUCUACAAACCUAAAAAGGAUGUUUUCAUCAUUGUAUAUGUAAAAGCGAAAACCAAUGUGAUCAACCUUUAUCAGAUUUGGGGUAUCCUUGAAAUGUACCCCAUGGCUUGUUUAAAAGUAGUUGGGAAGUGGAUUGAGAAUAACUCUUUGUUGCUUAUAAGAUCAUGUAUAAUAUUACAUAUAUUUAGGGUUUAAUUCACCAAAAGACAAGUUUUGUUGAGUUUGAAGUUGUCACACGUACAAAUAAUUGUAUUGAGGAAAAAACCCUCAAUGCCAACUACUUAUUUGUAAGACAAGGUGAUUACAGUCACCUAUCAAAAAUAAUUAGCAAAUGUGGUAAUAAAUCGAUGUUUGGAUAUUUACUACUGGUAAUUCAGAAGUAUGUGUAAAGAUUAUUCCCCUAUAUGAAAAUGAUAUAUAUUUGAAUAUUUAUUGUAUAGCGAAUCGCAUCUAAAUAAUUAACCCAAAUGUUUUCAUUCGGAAGCAAUAUCUGAAAUGUUCAGUUUAGCUGUACACAAUAAAAAUAAUUUGACUGGUAAUGUUUCAUAUCUACAAUAUAAUAGAGGUGAAAAGGAAAAUGACCCCUGCACUCCCUAUUAUCAGGUCAGGUAGCAGAAUAGCUCCAAUAUUUCCUCAGAUAGUGGGCAGAUACUAGAGGAGUACAGAUUACGAACUAUUGCACAUAAAGCUGGCCACCUGCUCCUUUCUCCAUUGCAUGAUGUGCAAUGGGGAUUGUUAUUGCAAAAGUUGGAGAACCAACAUAUACACAUAUUGGCCCCAGUCUUGGGCAAAUAUGGAUCAACUCAUUGUGGCUUCAAUCAGUUCAAAGUUUGGUUUAUUUUAUUCACAGGAUUUCCAAUUUUGUGACAUCCAUGUAGUUUCAUUCUUUUUAAUUCCAGCCAAGUUUUGUUUGCAGGUUUGGCCUUUAGCAAAUAUUUCUUAUUGCAAUUCACUCCAACUGAGUUGUUUGGUUGUGGUUGGCUAUUCAUUUAGCACCAUAAUCAAUCAAAUACGGGGCAAUUAUCUGAUUGGGAAAAUGAGGUUGCAUUUCACUGUUUCAAUAAUUGAAUCAUCCAAUCAUAUUUCUCCAUUUUUCCACGGUAACCUAGAAAUGCAUUUGAUUGGUACAGUCAAGAAACAUAUUUAGCGCUCUCCUUUUUUGUGUACAUAUGCCUAUUUCAGUGGACAGAACAUGAGGAUAGCCAAGUGUUUAAUACUUUAGGUUCCAUUAAUAUUAAAACCUUUAAUUUCAUAGUGAAAGGAAGUCACCUUCACAUACCUACACAUAUUAACAUUAAGAGAAAGAAGUAAAUAUUAGUAUGUUAUGUAUGGACACAUAUGCCAAUGGUACUAAGGAAUGGGCAUUUGUGGCUCAUUACUUGGGGUAUAGUUAGUUUUAUUAGCACUUUUCAUGCUGAUUAGCUACUUUGGGAUGGCUUAAUUUUUUUAGUCAAAUUUGAAUAAGUAUUAUAAAACCUUACAAUACUCAAUAGUGAAGUUACAUAAGACAAUAUUUUCUGAUCUAAACUGAUAUUUGAGGGUGGUGGUGCUGCAAACAUAAUACAUUACAAAAAUGACCCAAAUAACCUUCUUGUUCAUUACCAUACAAAGUAAUAUAUAUUAUAAUAAUAAUUAUUAUUAUUAUUAUAGGUAUAUAUAUAGCACCAACUAAUUCCGCAGCGCUUUACAAUAUUAUGAAAGUGGGACAAUAGGUAGAUGACACAGGAACAAUAGGUAGAUGAGGACCCUGCUCAAACGAGCUUAAAGUCUAGAUGAGGUGGGGUACAAAUGCACAACAGGGCAACAAGGGUGACAGCCACCAAACAAGGUGGAAAAGUAGCAGAGCUGGAGGUGAGAGUGGAGAAUGGCUCUUUAGGAGAGCAAGAGACAGACUUGGGUAAGUAUACAUAAGUAACUCUGGGAGUCCAUAAGAAUUUCUGAACAGAUGUGUUUUGAGGAACCUUUUAAACAAUUGAAGACUAGGGGAGAGUCUGAUGGGGUUAGGCAGGCUGUUCCAAAAGAAGGGAGCCACCCGCAAGAAGUCCUGCAAGCGCGAGUUAGCAGUAAGGGUGCGAGCAGCGGACAGGAGAAGGUCACCGGCAGAGCGGAGAGACUGAGAAGGGGCAUAUCUAUGAAUGAGGGAAGAAAUGUAAGAGGGGCUAGAGUUGGUUAGAGUUUAUAGGUAAGGGUUAGUAGUUUGAAUUGACACCUAUAUGAAACAGGAAGCCAGUGUAAGAAUAUAAACUUUGGUCUAACUGACAUAAUCUUGAUUGGAGCUCAUAAAAUCAGUAUAGUCUUCCAAUAAAUAAAAUUUUAAAUCAAUAGCUUGUUAACAAGAAAAGUUUAUCAGGGCCAAUUCAAGAGGGCUUAAGUCAACACAUUGUACCCAGUAUCGCUUCCUAGUCACUAGCAGAGUAAUAGUAUGUAUCAUUGCCAUGAGGAUCCAUGGCACUAGCCAAUAGCACCAACUUCUUGUCCCAUACCUCAUUACGGCUGGUAAUGGGUAGAGGAGGCUCGGUUCUUGCUGAAACUGAGCAAGUCUGGAAAUUGUUUUAGCGUUAAACUCUAAAAAAGUGUAAUAGGUUCACAAAUAUCGAUUGACAAACGUAUAUUAGACAAAUUAAAACAGUAAAUUAAUAGUUUGAUUUAAUAGUUUUUAACAUUCAACAUUCUGAUUAUGUUACUGCCAAGUGGGAACUGUCAUCAGCUUUUCAAAGUCUGUGGUUCUAACCGAUAAUGUCUGUAUAACUACUGAACAUACUGUACAUCGACUCUACUGUAAUUUAACCUGCUAAGCCCACUCGUUAGCACUUGCAAAUAAAAUACAUAAAUGUAAAACUAUGCAAAAUUGACUAGCAAAUUUCUUCAACAUACUAUAGAUAAGUGUUGGUACAAAACUACUUAUAAUACUUGUUCAAUGUUUUUUAAUACGAUCUGAAUUCCAGCAGCAUACAUUCUUGACAGCUUGCAGCGAUUGGAGGCAGAAUUCACAUAAAAUUUCAAAAAUAUAUCAUAGUUUGAAUUGAGCUCAAAUUGCCAAAUAGUUUGAGAUUUGUUCAGUAUUGAGACCCCUCCAUAAUGAUCUAAAUUGACCCUACAUGGCCUGGUAGUAGUCAGUCAGAUCAGAAAUUGCUCAGAAGUGAAGAUCUGAAAUAUAUGCAAAGUAGUCCUGACUGAAGUAAUAAAAAAUGGUCUACUGACUAUAGAAACAAACAUUCAUAGUAUAUUCAUAGUAUGUAAACAAAGGUACUCUUUAAAGGGUUACUCCAGGCACCACCACUACUUCAGUGAUUUGAAGUGAUCAUUGUGUCUGGAGUUUGUACGUGCAGCAUUUCACUGUGAAACGCAGCACAUAAUGAGUUUAACCCAUUUGCUGUCAGAUGUGUAACUCCACUUCUGGAAGCAUCAUGGGGUGCCAUCAGCUAGCCCAAAACGCAAAUUCCUUGCUGGCUAAGAUCAAUUCUGGGCAAAUUUAGUCAAUGAAUGAGCGGCAGGAUUGACAUCCGACUUCUGUAGCUCUGCAAAAGCUGGAUGUUGUAAAACCUGUUUCAGAAGAGACCAGGCGCACAGCAGAACCAGGUAAGGGGGCAAACCGUUGUAGUGGUUAUGAUGGUCGGAGUAACCAUUUUAAUUACCAAAAGAUUAAAAAGAGAAGAAAGUAACCUACAAGCCCCUCCUGCCAUAUAUAUAUAUAUAUAUAUAUAUAUAUAUAUAUAUAUAUAUAUAUAUAGUGCACUACCAGGGCUUCAGUAUCCAAAUUGCAAAAGUAGAUGGCUGCACUCUCGGUCUUAAAUAAAAAUGUACUUUUAUUCCAUAUUCUUAAAAACAGGAUCAACGUUUCAGUCCUCCUCGAGGACUUUUAUCAGGAUCAUAAAAGUAUAUAUAUAUAUAUAUAUAUAUAUAUAUAUAUAUUUAAAAUACAAGUAGCUCCUGCACUCACGCUCAAAUAUCCCUUAAUGGCCGGGUGCCAACCAAAAUCAGCUUCAAUAUCCAAAAAAAUCCAAGGGUAUGGUUACACUCACGGUUUAAAAGUCCAAAGUUUAAUGAAAAAACGAUUUAAAACAUCAAGUGAUCACUUGAUGUUUUAAAUCAGUUUUUUCAUUAAACUUUGGACUUUUAAACCGUGAGUGCAACCAUACCCUUGGAUUUUUUAUAUAUAUAUUUAUAUACACACGAGAACAUGGAAUUUUUAUAUAUACACACAUGAGAACAUGAAGUUUUGUGUAUAUAUAUAUAUAUAUAUAUAUAUACACACACAUGAGGCGGGGGGGUUGUCUUCUAUAAUCCUUCUAUAUAUAGAAUUAUGGGCAUAGCAGAAUAUUACUAAUACCAUGAAGAUUAAGACCCAGCUAAAGAAGAAUUAGUACAUUCAGUGAUUAUAUCCUUUAAAUUAGCUUUAUUAAUUGACAAAAAGCUUUUUUAUUUAAAGAUUAGUAAAUAAGCCCAGUUGUGUUCCAGACACUUCGUGAUGCACAGUUUAAAGAUUAGUAAAUAAGCCCAGUUGUGUUCCAGACACUUCGUGAUGUGUAUGAGGCUUAGUUUUUACGUUUACAUUCGUCAGAAUUGCAAAUAAUUUCAAUUACUGUUACAGUUACUCUUUUUUUGCACACCAGUGAUAACAAAUGAAAAGACUGUCUAUUUGUGGUCCUUUUCUUCUGAUUCCAACAGCACAUGUUAACAUUGCCCUUCAACAUCUUUGUUUUGUUGGCCAUGCUAUUGAAAAGAACACUGCUUCCCAGCUUUUUACAAUAACCAGUUUUUAAAUAGACUAGGUCACAGGGAUAAAGUAUGUUUUUCUAUCAUUCUAGUUUGUAAUGACUCUAAGCACAUAACUGUUAUUACACAAAAUUAUUGAUAUAAAUGUAAACUUAUUAAUGGCACAGUAGACGAGUCCUAUGUGUCAAUGGGCUUUUAUCUGCCUUUACAAUAAAAGUUUGUUUGUGCUCUUAACCCCUUAAGGACACAACUUUUGGAAUAAAAGGGAAUCAUGACGGAAUAUUUCCGUCACGUGUCCUUAAGUGGUUAAUAGUCUGGCUUAAUAACAUCAAAACGUACAUAGGAGGAUAUUGUAGAUUUUAUACAUAUAGUAAACGUGUAGUCAGGGUAUGGACUCCUUAUAUAGUGAUUUGGCUCGAUUCGCUGAACAUGGCGUUUUGGUGAGCUGUCACUUUAAAGAUUGAGGUUUUAUCGAGCUCUUUUAUUUUGACCUAUUUUUCGGCCAUAGUUUAUCUCACUACAAUUAACAAUUUAGCAUCUGGAUUUGUAAAGUUAUCAUUAAUCGUUUGCACUACUUUUAAAAGGUGCCUUUUAAAUUUUUUUUCCCAUUUACAAACAAAUGUAAAUUGAUAGUGACAGUAUCAUAAAAACUAAUGACAUACCCACCCCUGCCUUGACAUUCACAUGUACUCUCAUAUACCGUUACUUGAUUAAGGAACAUAAUUAGCAACUGGCAUUUGCUCCUGUUAAUUUUGGGUUCCUAUUAUUCAUUGUACUGUUCUGUGCAGGAAAGAAAUGACUUCACAAAGUUCCCAUAUUCUACAAAAGUAAGAUAGGAACUCUUAAUGUCAAUUUACAUUUUGUUUUGAAAUUAAUCACACAUUGAUAUUAUCUACUUUUUUAACUGAUGAUCAGUGUGUUUAUUUUAAAUUAUUUUAUCUGUCUUAUCAUUUGCUUUCGUAUAAGCAUUAGAGAAGCCAGUGCAAUAUUUUAGAUUUGCCAGUUUCAUAGAUGUCUGUAAAAUAGUUUGGAUUUGCUUAAUUCAGCUGCUAACAUCAAACUGAUAAUUGUUUAACAAAUUUGGCAGACAAUAAAGUAUGUCAAUACAAAUGUCAACAAAAAAAAAUAAUCCUACGGAGAACAGUUUGCAGUAAACACUGCAACACAUUUUAUUCAUUUUACACAAGUCAGUGAAUUCUACAGAGAAUUGAUUGUUGAUUUUGACUCAAUUCCUCAGAGAUGUGAAAUUUGGAUUCUCGUCAAAUUGACGAACAGCUGCCAAGUUCAAUCCGGCAUAUCCUGCUGGAGUGAUAGGUCUAGUUUGGCAGCUGAGCUUCUCAGCCAAAAAAUGUAGAUUUUGUGUAAAGUCAAAUAUAUUCCAGAUGUAAGAAUGUGCAGAACGUCCUUUGUUCCUAAAGAUGUGUAUGUAUCAUUAUAUUAUGACAAAGUCCAUUAAUGUAGUAUAUUCAAAUGUAGUUCAACAUUCAACAUAGCAAGUUCUGUAACCACCAUCACUCCUAUAGGUGCUUGAAUUGAAGAGUUAUACACUAGAGUACAAAUUAAUAGGAUUCAAAAUGAAAUCAAAGAGAGCUUAAAAUUUGAGGCCACAAUGUAUUUUUACCAAUGGAUCUGACUUGUAGAGUGUUUCUAGGGAUUAGAAAUACACUGUAAUUCAUGACAAUUCUACUUAACAAACCUCUACCUAAUUAUUACUCAUUUGCAGAUCAGUUUACGGCCAUCAUUAUCAAGUCUCCCCUCCAGUGACUCUCUGUAAAACACAGUGAGAAUGUUGAGUGUGUGUUGAAAAGAACUUGGCUUAAUUUUAGCUUUGUUCACUAUUGUUCACGACCGACAUGGGUUGGUUAGUCACUAAAGUGAGAAUUCAAGGUGAAUUCCAAGUGAAUUUCAAAAGUCAAAGGUCAAAAUAGUAGGAUUCAGCUACUCUGGCCUCAAUGUUGAAAUUCACUUUGAAUUCCCUCAGAAUUUUUACUUUAGUAAAUAAGCCUGUCACUCUAUUUCUGCCCAUACCCAACUGACAUUGCAAGUCCACACUUGAAAUUAGAAGAUAAUUCCAACAGCACAUGUAUAUAUAUAUAUAAAAUUUUAGUAGUCACAUAUUUAAAGAAAUGUAUAUCUUUAAAUAUGCGGCUAUUAAUGGUUACCAUUGGUUUGCAGUCAUGAUUCAUUGUAUCAUUAUACCAGAGCAGGAGAGCUGUGACUCAGGUAGUAAAGAACCCAUGGAGGGUUCCAUGAACUCUUACUGAGGGAGAACCUAGUAUUUACUAAUGGUGACAACAUGCGAUUCUAACACACCAAAGGGAACAUGAGAUAACUAAGAGCAAUCUAUGUCAUCGUACAUACCUCUUAACAUUUAAAAUGAACAAAGAGGGACACUUUAAUUCUACUGGUGUAAGUGGGGGUGUGGCCAGGAUCAGGGUGGUUUUGAUACAUUUUAGGUCACUUACUAAAAACAAUUUAUAUAACUCAAAUGUAGUUUAGAAGAACGACUAUUUAAACAAACUGAUUUCUAAACACAUCUAUUGUAGUUUAAAAAGUUAUUCCAACCACCAUGACCACUCCUGCCUUAAAAUGUGGUCAUAGUGGUAAUGGUCGGUAUGUGCAGAAUUUCACUACAUAUCCAGAGAUAUGUUCACUAGGGUGCCGGGUACUAGUUACACACCUGGCACUCAUGACUGUCAAUUUUGUGCAAAAAUUAUGUCUGUCAUCAGCACUCACAGCCCCUAGCACAGCACUACAUUUACUGGGUCCCUCUUGUUUGUCACCGAGCAGCCACAAGUAUAAUACAUUGCCUGGUGCUGUGUGGCAGACACUUGCAACCAAGCAAUAACCAAAGCUGGUUGCAGGUAGAGGAUGCCGGGGCUGGUAUCCGAGCUGCACCCUGCCUGUUACCCAGAAGUCUUCCACAAUGAGUCGUAAGGAGCCUGUUCAUCACAGGUCAAGGCUCUCCUGUCCCCCCUAGAUACUAGGGAUAUGAAAGCAAGCCUGAUCCCCUUCUCCUCAUAGUAAGACAGGUAUUCUCCAGUUGGAUAUUUAUUCUGUAUGUAAAUAGUUUUUUUGUGUGUGUUUUUGUACAUAAAUUAAGACUAUAUGUAAGCAUUUAUGUCACGAUGGUGUGACAGUGUGUAUCAAUGAGAGUCUGUGUUAGUGUUUGUGUAAGUAACAUUGUGCAUGUGUCUGUGAGUGUCAGAAAUUGAAUGUGUGUGUAAGUAACACGUGUGUAUGCCAAUCAGAGAGUGAUGUGCUCUUUAUCUUAAAUCCCACUCCCUCCCAUGCAACUUCCUCAUUAAUGGUAAGCCACCACCAUGAGUCCAACACUCUGGCUUCAUUGUCAACAUGCUGGUGUCUAAACCUAUACUUCCUAACCAGUUCUAGAAUCAUUGGCUAGGAAGAAUUCAUAAAAAACAAGGAUCAUGCGCUGUGUAUGCUGUGCUUGAAGAGCAGGAAAUCUCUCCUGCUCCCCCUGUAACUCAGUUCUUCAGCACAGGAGUCUAUGCCAAAGAGUUGAUUGACAUGUGAAAGACCUCCUAAAAUUGCUUUUUCUUUCAAUAUAUGCGUUUUUCUAACACAGAUGUGCUCUGAGCAGGUUAUACAAUCCAUUCAAAGGUUUCUCUAUAAGAAGCCUUUGGAACUUGUGAAAGCUGGCAUGAUGUCGGACGAGGAGUGGAGAGCAGCACCGGAACUUUGCACAGCGCUGGAUUUUAGGUAAGUUUUAGCUAAGUUUCUAAAGUAAUGCCCAAUAGGGCAUUAUGAAUUUAAAAAAACAAAUGGUUGGAGUAACCGUUUAAAGACACAUUACUGUGAGUAGUGUUGACAUGGAGCUGUGUUACACACCAGUAAUAUGGAGCUCCUAAAAAUGGGCAUAGAAAAAAGGGACAAAUUGAUUUGGGCCCUGAAUAGGAACUGUCCCUCCUAAACUAGAGAAAGCAUGCAUAAUCUCUCUCCUGCCAGUGUUUUCAACAAAUUUAAGAUGAUUACUGUUGUGCCUUAAAAUUGUGUAGAACAAUUACUGGCAAUGUUGUCAUGUUAAGAAAAAAAACAUCUCUUUAUUAUAACGUUUGUUGUGGAUUUAAUCACACUAAGAUGUGUGUACAGUGCAUAAGUCAUGGUUAUAAUGUAACAUUUGAGUUAAAUUUUGCACUGGAACUGCAAAAUUGCAAUUGUCAUCUAUGUUUCUAUGUUUCCAUUUUGCUGUAAUAGAGAAUGUUAGUGUUAAGGUGCAGCAGGCCUUAGGUCUGUUGGACCUUUCAUGUAUAUUACAUGAUUGUGAGUCAUUGAUUAGUAAUAACUUUCACCUUCGUACUGUUUUCCUUUGACAGACUCCUCUUAUCCCAUGAGUCAGAGAAGUUUCCCUCCUUCCUUCUGGAACAGCAGCUAUCAGCCUUCUUCAGUCACAGCAUCCUCAUCUCUGGGCAGCAGUCUGGCUAGUCCGCUCAGUGGUUCGCACACAGAAAUACCAUUUGGAGCAGAUCCUUAUUCCCCAGCAACUCUUCACAGCCACUUACAUCAGGGUCCUCCAGAGCCCUGGCACCACGCACACCAUCAUCAUCACCACCACCAUCCCUACUCCAUAGGGGGAGCUAUAAACAGCCAAGGGUCCAGUUACCAAAGGGCUAGCAUGCAUGAAGUUUAUAGCACGCAUUUUGAUCCCAGAUAUAGCUCACUUAUAGUCCCAGCCUCGGUCCGACCUCACCGGAUCUCUCCUGCAGGGACAGCUCCAGCAGCACAGUGUGAUCUUGGGAAAGGAGAACAGGGCACAUCUGCAUGGACGACCCCGGGACCCUUCACUGGGCCAACUGGGGACAUGGGACAGAGCCUUGGGCUCAAUGUUGAUGCAGGUAAGCAAAAGCGCCAGUGAGCAUGUAUGUAGCAUAUUAGUGGAUAAUAUUCUACUCAGCCAAUAAUUACAACAAAUUAAAUCUGAAUGGCAAAUUUCAUCUUGCUUACAAAUUAACAAUUGAUUUGGAGUUUAUAAACUUGUCUCUCUAUCUGUUUAUCUAUCUAUCUAUCUGUCUGAAUAUCUAAUCUAUUUUUCUAUCUAAUCUAUUUUUUCAUCUUAUAUAUAUAUAUAUAUAUAUAUUCUAUCGAUCUAUCUAUUGAUCUGUCUGCCUGUCUGCCUAUCUAAUCUAUCUUUCUAUCUAGUCUAUCCAUCUAUCUAAUCUAUCUUUCUAUAUCAUAUAAUACCAUGAUCCACCCAUUAUUUGAACAUGCAGAUAAUGGUUAGAACCAAAUACUACACAGAUCAUGAAAGCACCCCUUCAAUGAUUAUCUAUAAUGAACAGGUACAAGUACUAAUGUAUAGAUGACCUCUAUGCAGUCUGGGGUCCAUAAUCUUUGGCAGAACCAAAACAUGAAUGUCACAGUCUACUUGAUAUUAGUAAGAGUUACAUUACUGAGUUGCAGAAAUAGUGGCCUCCUGGGUUUGUAACUACUAAUCUCAGCAGCACUGGGACAUAUAUUAUUAUAUUGUAUAGCCAUCCCAGAGUACACUAAAAUAACUCCACACUAUACUGCACUAUUAACGCCUACACUACACCAUCAAUAAACAUUAAAACAUACAUUAGUCUACACUAUCACUACAUAUUAACACCUAUGCUGCUUUAAACACUAACCCCUACACUACCCUAACACUAAAGAUUACCACCCCAUACCAUAUAUACAUAUAUAUACUGAACUGAUGACUGAACUGAAAAGCAGAAGACAAUAUUGUGGUUUAUUGGUCUUUCCUUUAUUUAUUACUGAAUAUGUAGUUAACGUAGUUUUUAUGAAUAUUCCUCUAUUCAACAUUCAUCUGUCAUUUAAUUUUCUUCAUGUUCACAACUCCUUUCCUAUUUCUGCAUCUGCUAUCUGCAUACAAAAGUUUUAUAUCUUGAUGGACAAAAACCUCAGAGAAAACAAAUGUAAACAUAUAUAACAGUGCGAGAACAUUACUUGUACAUUGGGGUAUGAAUUACAGUUUUUGAAAAUGCAAAGAGUUUAGUAAUGGCCUAAGUACCAGCAAUUUGAUGAAAUUGGUGGGUUUUUUUUACCUUGCCAAAACACACAGCAAUUUCUAUUGAUUUAAAUUCCAAAUGAGAUGUGUAGACACUGAUAUUUAAGUGAAUUCCAUAUUGGAGAAAAAGCCUUAUUAAAGGACCACUAUAGUGCCAGGAAAACAAAGUUGUUUUCCUGGCACUAUAUAGUCCUUAGGUCCCCCCCACCCUCGUGGCCCCCUUCAGCCACUUACUUUAAUCCUCUCCUCCCCCUCCGACAUCAGCUCCCGGAUGCAGCCGAAUGCGCGGCCAGAUCCAUUAGCGCAUUCAAACCGCCCAUAGGAAAACAUUACUCAAUGAUUUUCUAUGGACGUUCUGCGUGCUCGAUGCGAUUUUCUCAUUGAGCGUCAUGGAAGCACCUCUAGCGGCUAUCAGGAAGACAGCCACUAGAGGCUGGAUUAACCCUGCAAUGUAAACAUAGCAAUUUCUCUGAAACUGCUAUGUUUACAGCUGCAGAGUUAAAACCUGGGGGACCUGGCACCCAGACCACUUUAUUGAGCUGAAGUGGUCUGGGUGACUAUAGUGGUCCUUUAAAGGUAGUAAAGAAUAUUUUUAAAUAAAUAUGUCAUAAUGUGAAUAUUGAAUAUUGGAUGUCAGAAUUGUGUAUGUAAGUUGGAGUGUAUGAACUAAUAAUCUGAAAUAUAAAAGUCACAAAAUGAAAAUAAUAGUUACAUACACAGAGGGCAUUGAAACACAUUUACACACAGAGGACAUUGACACACACAGUUACACACAGUGGACAUGGACACACAGCUACACAGAGAGGACACCGAUACACACACAUUUACUCACAUAUGACACUGACAAACACUUACACACAGUGGACACUGACACCCACACACAUUUACACACAGAGAAAACUGACAUACACACAUUUACACACAGAGGACUCUGAUGCACAUGCACAAUUAAUGACAGACACUGACUUUACACACAGACACACUUACUGACAGACACGCACUCACUGAUAGACACUCAUUGAUUUGACACACACUGACAGACACACUGGCACACACAUUCACUGACAGACACACACAUUUACACAUGCACACAUUUUCUCACACACUUACAAAUUAUUUAAUUUUUUUUCAUUAUUUUUAUUUAAGUCCAUCCAGCCUCCCUACCUUCGGAAGAGCUGAAGUGGAUUCUUUCCAUGGGAUCCAAUGUGGGACUUGUGUUAUUUAAUUAGGGGUGCCCUAAGGUGUCUCUCUGUGUUCCCCCUGCUUGUGGUGCGUACCUCCUGAGGUAUGGGUACCACAUGUUGACAACACCAGACAUACCGUGUGAAUAUAUUUUGUUCUAAAAAGUAAAAGCGAAUACAUUUAUUUAAAGGUCUUUUAGAUGAGACAAGACAUAUAGUAAAUGACUUACAGUCACACUGCACAAUAAUACAUAAAAACUAAUAGCUCAUUUCCAGUCUUGUUGCUACUUUUUACCCACCAGCUGCUGCUUGUUAAAAUGCUUGUCACUACUGUUAGUGAGUAGCAACAGCCGUUUACUGAAUGCAAAAUUUAAUCAGUAGUUUAUGGAAAUUACUGGCUCCCACUACUUGAAGCCAGUCACUAAGUAGCAUUCUGUGGGAGCAGCAAACCACUACUUAGUGACUGGUUUACGACUGGUUCCCAACCCUGUCACUACUGUUUAAAGGCUGUCACUGAUCCGCAAAACUUUACACCAGCCUCUUGACAGGUGUAAUGAAGUUAACAGCUAAAUCUUUAUACAUCCUACAGGAAAAAUCCAUGUUAGCUAAAUGGCAUAUUAAACUAUAUCAAAAAGCAAAAUAAUAAAGGUCCAGACACAUGACAUAAAACACAAUUAUUCUUUAUAUAAUUAAUUGUAUGUAUAUUUAUAAUAAACAAUUCCCGAAUCAAAAAUGAACUUUAAAAGUUACACAUAUGUGUAGUUUGCAUAUCACAAAAUUUAUGUUUAAUACUUGCAUAAACUGUCACUAUCUCCUGCUCCUGCAUUACGUACACAUGCUCAGGGUGAGACUUUUUUUUACCAGCAAGUCAUUGUCCAUGCUUGAAAUCUAAAUUAUUAGCUUUAUCAAAUUUCAAUUUAUUGAAAUCCCACUUUUGAGAAGUACAAUUUAAAACCCAGGCACUGAACAUAUAAUGAGCCCAAUGUGUGUUGACACUUUUCUGCUUGUAAGUCCAAAUGUAUGUGUAUGCAAAAAUGUUUAAUUAGAAAUAUAUAUUUGUAAGUGUACAUUUGUGUAUCUCUGUCUGUAUGUGGAUGAAUGUUUGAAAGGGGAGUGUUUACAUAUGCAAAUGUAUGCAUCCAUUUAUGUUUUAGUAUUCAGUUUGUGAAUGGGUGGACAGAUGGAAACAAAAGGUGCCCAAAAGGUAGAUUCUUUGAUGUUGUAGAACUACAAGUCCUGUGAUGCUUUGCAUGCAUUUGGAAUGCCUUCAGAAUGGCAAAGCAUCAUGGAAGCUGUAGUUCUAAAACAUAUGGGGAUCUACUUUUUGGGCACCCCUGAUGUAUAGUAUCUGGAUGUGUUGAGUGCUACUAAGGGUUUGGAACAGGAAAGUAGAGAACAUUAAAUUAAUCUUCUCAGAGGUCUACAACAACUGGAACGUUAGAGGUCUCUUAUCUUCAUUGAACCCACCAUUUUUGCUCACAUAUUUAUUUUACAUUGACACUUUAGAUCUAUUUGUGCACUUAGGGUCAACUUACUUUUCAUCCUAUCCUAAAACAUCUUGUGGCUUUAUCUCUUUUUUCCCCUUUUUAUUUCCCUCUCUUCCUCUUUUUAUGUUAUCCUUAUACAUUCUGUCUAUCCUUCUCUCAUUCCCCCAUUCCCAGGUGUACAGCCUCAGGAUAAAAGGAAGGACCUGUACUGGUUUUAAAACCUCUAGCCCCUCUAGAUUAUCUCCACCUUGUAAAAUUGGUGACAUUCUGAGCUGACAUGGCGUUGCUUUGGUUUGGUGGUAACAGCUUGUGAUCUUGGUUUGCAGCUCGACGUUACUCCUUCUGUGGUGGGACCCUCCUGAGCUGAUGUUGUCAAAGACUUUGAGCCAAACCAUGUAUCCCAUUCCCGGAAGAGCCAAGGGUUAGGACACAUGCCUACAGCACUCAGCACUAGGACUGCAAUUCCGAGGAUUAUGGGAACAGGACUCCAAAAAUACAUGCCCUUAAGAAAACAAACAUAAGCCUCAACCAUUUUUAUUAUUUUGUUUUGCGGAGACCUAUCAAAGACUGAUGUUAUUUUUUAUUUAAAAUGUUGCUUUCACACAUAAAUAGAGGCCGCCAAAAGAUAUAUAUAGAUAUAUAUUAAUAUAAGUUCACUGUGCUUCUAAUGACAAAAGGACAAUAUUUUUUUUGUGUUGUGAAUAUUUUGAAUGUCCAUUGUAAUUUUUCUUUCCAUACAAGCUACCUGAUUGAUGAUCUAGUCCUACGUGUUUGUAUAAUUAUUACUGUACACAGUCAAAACACACACAAGACACACACAUACACAUACACAUACUAGGGAAACAACAUUUGACAAUCAGUGGACUGCAGGCCAUAUGUGGACAUACAAUCCAUUCUAUGUUGUGAGUGGCAAAGAGCUUUCUGACCACCUGCCUCCAAGCUUAUAGAAAUGCAGCUGUUGUAUGGACAACUGUUCAAACUCCAGAAAUAUGACAAGCAAGGUGGCACUUCUCAGGGUUUAGCCCAACAAUUGCAUUGAUUUUUUUUUUUCUUACAAGGAGAAUUUUAUGAUGAAAGAAGAAACCCUUUUAGGAAAUGGACAGCUUCUACAAGGAACAACUGCAGCAACUUGUAACGAGAUAUGCUUAGAGCUCAGUGUGGACAAUUGAUCUCCACAACUCUUAUGCAUGCCGCUGUCCUUCUGUCACUUUAAUUUGUUUUGGGAAACAGGGAGAGAUGUAUUUAAUUGUAGAAAUGAUACAUUAAAGCAUCUACAUGCUCUUACUUUUGUUGCUAAGUCAACAUGCAUGCAUUUCUUUCUCCGUAUAGAAUAGUAAAAUAAAUAUCCUAGUAUUCACUGUUUUUGAGUUAUGUAACAUGACCAAUAGUUUCUCCUAAAUAUGUAAUUUAUAUUGCAUUUUACAGCAACAGCUGCUUGGCAAAUUGAACCGAGAACUUUUGCUCUUUUAAUACAGGCAACAGGAGUCCUUAUUUUCCACACCUAUUUUAAACCUCCUGACACUUUAUUCAGUUGUUAAGAUAGAUACGUGUAAUUUUAUUAAAUUGGAGUACCGCUAUGGAGUGGAUUUCCUUGGCAGACCUAUUUCAAUCAGCUUGUUAAUGAACUGUGCAGAUACCCUAACCCUUCACAAUUUGUCCAAGUAUCCCUAUCAAAAGAUAUUUUAAUGUAGGGUGUAGAGUUUCUGUUAGCAUCAGAAUCUGAAACCCUUUAUCAUUUAUUAUUACCAGUUCACCCAAAAGUGAACUGAUUUAGUCAAUAUUUAUAUAUUAUAUGAUCAUAUCUCUACCUUCUAGCUUGCAAGUUAGAACAUGGAGGUAACAACUACUAAGCAGACAGACCAACAGACCUUCGAAUGUAAAAUGUCAGAGGAAAAAGUAAAAUAGAAUGCAGUUCAAAUCAGACAUAAAAGUGCUUUAAAUUCUUGGUUGUAGUUUAACAAAAACAUGUUGGAUACAGGAAUUUCAGUUUGAAGAGAACACUACCAGUUACAAAUUUGUAUUUUUUUUUAUUAAAAAAAAGUAUAUUUGUUUGCCUAAAAAAAUAAAUUAAACUAAAAAAAUGUAAACUAAAGUUUUAUUCAAAUAAGAGUACAUACAGAAAUAGUCAUCAAUCAGGUGAAAUAGUACCCUACAUUUAAUUUUUUUGUAAAAUUCUAAACUUGUAAAUAAUUGCAAAUUUUUUGUUUACAUUUAUUCACAAGAAUAUAAAAUAUUCUUUAUUGUGUUAAUUAUAACAGUACUAGUUGCUAUUAUUAUUUCAUUAUUUAAUGUAGACUACACUAUAGCAAGGCUAGCAUGUACAUCUACUUUUCAAUCAGUGAGUUAUUGAAGCAUAUUUCUAUUUCUAUAUUGAACAUAUAUUAGAAUAUGUAAUAAAUAAUUAGAUCCAUCAUUUGACUGUUGACAUUUUUAACAGGUUCUAAACUUUGCAGUAAUAUUACUGCAGUAACAUAAAAUUAUGAAGCAACACAGUUAAGC